AUGGCGCUUUUGGAUCUCUUGAUUGCUUCAUCGAUUCCUGUCUUGAAAGUGCUUUUGAUUACAGCAAUUGGAUCAUAUCUUGCUCUAGAUCAUGUUGACGUGUUGGGAGAAGAUGCUAGAAAGCAUGUAAAUAAUGUUGUAUUUUAUGUUUUCAAUCCAGCCCUUGUGUCCUCCAACCUUGCUGAAACUAUUACAUAUGACAGCAUGAAGAAGAUGUGGUUCAUGCCAUUCAAUAUUCUCAUCACAUUUGUCAUUGGUUCCUUGCUUGGUUGGUUUGUUGUCCAAUUCACCAGACCUCCCUCACACCUGCAUGGCCUCAUCGUGGGUUGCUGUGCCGCAGGGAAUUUGGGGAAUAUGUUUCUUAUCAUGAUCCCAGCAAUUUGUAAAGAAAAAGGAAGCCCCUUUGGAUCUCCUGAUAUGUGCGAGACAUUUGGAUUGGGUUAUGUUUCACUUUCAAUGGCGAUUGGAGCUGUUUAUCUAUGGUCUUAUGUGUUUAAUAUUGUGCGGGCAUCUUCAUUUCCGAGCGUUAAGCACUUCAAUAAGAUCCAUGUUGAUGAAUCUUCAAUACAAACACCCAAAUCUGAGCUGGGGAGCUGCAAGGAACCACUACUAGCUUCUGAGAACCAGGCGGAUCGAUAUGCACUGCGCAGCUCAGCCUCUGAUGAGAUGGUGGUUCGCAGCGGAUUGAAGCAAAAGAUCGUGGUGGUCUUUGGAAAUAUCAAUUGGAAGUCGCUGUUUGCUCCUUCUACAAUUGGAGCGAUUGUUGGAUUUGUAAUUGGAGUCAUCCCACUGACCCGGAAAUUAAUGGUUGGCAAUGAUGCUCCUCUUCGCGUGAUUCAAGACUCUGCUUCCUUGUUGGGAGAUGGAGCCAUCCCAACCCUCAACCUGAUAAUGGGGGCUAACCUUUUGAAAGGCUUACGAGGGUCAGGAAUUCAGAAAUCUGUAAUUUUUGGCAUCAUUGUUGCCCGUUAUAUUGCACUGCCCCUAAUUGGCAUUUUCAUCGUUAGAGGAGCACUCCGGUUUGGUUUUAUUCCUCAAGAUCCUCUGUAUCAGUUUAUUCUUCUGCUUCAAUUUGCAGUUCCACCUGCAAUGAACAUGGGUACCAUCACCCAACUGUUUGGAGCGGGAGAGACUGAAUGUUCUGUUAUCAUACUCUGGGCUUAUGCCUUGGCUUCAAUUUCACUCACUCUUUGGUCAACCUUCUUUAUGUGGCUGGUGGCUUGAUUGCCCUAACAUG